AUGCCCUCUCCCAACAACACCGACCUCAGCCCUUCCUCCUUCGUCUUGGCCGGCAUGCCCGGGCUGGAAGCUGCCCGUUUCUGGCUGGCGUUCCCUCUGUGCUCCAUGUACCUCGUGGCCAUUGCAGGCAACGGCGCGGUGGUGUUCAUUGUAAAGACGGAGCUGAGCCUCCAUGCCCCCAUGUACAUCUUCCUCUGUAUGCUGGCCUCCAUCGACCUGGCGCUGUCCACCUGCACCGUGCCCAGAAUGCUCUCCCUCCUGUGGUUUGACUGGAGGGAAAUCAGCUUCGGCGCCUGCCUGCUCCAGAUGUUCCUCAUCCACUCCCUGUCCGCUGUCGAGUCCACCGUCCUGCUGGCCAUGGCCUGGGAUCGGUUCAUGGCCAUAUGCCACCCUCUGCAGCACGCGACCAUCCUCACCAAUCCGGUGAUGGCGAAGAUAGGCCUGGCUGCUGUGGCUAGGGGCGUGCUGUUCUUCCUCCCUUUGCCCUUGCUCAUUCUUCGCCUAUCGUUCUGCGGCUCCAACGUCCUGUCGCACUCCUAUUGUUUGCACCAGGACGUUAUGAACCUGGCCUGCACCAGCACCACAGUCAAUGUCGUCUAUGGCUUGACUGCUAUCCUCUUGGUGAUGGGGCUCGACGCGCUACUGAUUGCCUUGUCCUACUUCAUGAUCAUCAAGGCUGUCUUGCAGCUGUCCUCGAGGAAGGAGCGUGUCAAGGCUUUCAGCACCUGCGUGGCCCACCUCUGUGUGGUCCUGGCCUUCUACGUGCCACUGAUUGGACUGUCCGUGGUGCACAGGUUUGGGAAAGGCCUCGCUCCGCUGGUUCAGGUUGUCAUGGGGGACGUCUACCUCCUGGUGCCGCCCCUGCUGAAUCCCAUUGUCUACGGGGCGAGGACCAAACAGAUACGCAGACAGAUCCUGAGGUGGAUUCUCCAUCACUGA